UGUAGUGUCUGUUGGUCCCUAUUAGGUAAUGUAGUGUGUUGGUCCCUACUAGGUAAUGUAGUUUGUUGGUCCCUACUAGGCACUGCAGCCAUGAGGAACACCAAGAGAGGAUCCUGGUUCAUCCAAGAGCUCAACUCAGCACUCCGCUUCAGAGCCAGAGACACACACCUAUCAGACAUACUGGUGCAGGUGAAUGGUCGUAUUAAAGAAAGAGAAGGCUAUGCUCAUGGCACCCCCCACCAUCGCUGUAAGGAGAUGUCUGAAUUCACCAGCUCCCUCUGCAAAGACCUCUACCUGUUCCCCAAGUACCACCCUCAGUACUGACACACACACAUUCCGGCGCACCUACAUCGUCACACACACACCGCACCCACUACUGACACACACACACACUGUUAUACACACUCAUAGAGGAUUCA